CCUUCCAUAAAUGAAAAUUGAAACCUUUAGAUCCUAGACUAUGCGUGCCUUCAGAUAUAUGAAACGUUUUAGCCUUUUUGGUUUGUCAGUUUGUGCCGGUUGCUCUUUGAAAUGGAUGAUACUUGACAGUCGAGUUUUAGCUGUUGAGAACGAGAUCGACAAUGCCAGCAGCAGUGAGAGAAUGCGAUUGAAACAUGUACAGAUCCUGUUCAGACACGGAGCACGAACUCCACUUCAUAUGACUCCUGGUAUAGAGCAGGCAACAUAUCCAGUAAACAUGUUGAUACGACUUGCACCACACACCAUGGUUGAUAUGGAAUUUUUAAGUGCAGAAGGGAAAGAACUGUUACCGUCCAGAUUUGAUGCUCAUUAUCAAAAAACUAAAUUGAAGGGUGGUUCCACCAGUGGAUUGUUAACAACUUUUGGACAAGAUCAGAUGUACUUAUUGGGAAAAAGACUUAGAAAAGAAUACAUUGAGAAUAUUAAAUUUUUAGAUUCUUUUGAUCCAAACUUGGUAAAAUUGAAAACAACUCAUAUGAAAAGAACAAAAGAAUCACUACGAUGUGUUCUGGCAGGAUUUUUUGGUGCAGAAAAUCUCAAUAAGAAUGGUCCAGUAAAAGUUGAAAGUAAUGACACCACAGAUGAAUAUCUUGUACCUUCUCCAAAUAUUUGUCCUGUCUUUAGACAGAUAAAUCAUUCUGCCAUGAUCCAUGGAUCUGAUAUACCAGAGUUCAAGGAGGAUAGAGCACUGUUAGAGGAGACAUUAGGAAAAAAACAUUUUUCGAAGAAAGCAGUGCAGUUCAUAGAUUGUAGGGAUGAUCUUAUAGCAAGAAAGACUCACGGAUUGCCAUUUCCUGAACACAUAACUCCAGAAAUUGUAGAUAUGGUAGAUAAAAAUGCUACAAAGCUUCUUUUUUAUGCAGUAUGUGGACAACAUGAAGCUGAAAGAUUAGUAGCCACACGUUUAUCUACAGGAAGAUUAAUUCAAGUAUUUCUUGACAAUAUCCAAAAUGUUGUAAAAGGAGAGAACAAUGCCAAAAUGCAGAUGUACUCAGCACACGACUCUACUGUUCUUCCAGCUUUAAGUGCUCUUGGUCUUGAUGUGACAGAGUGGCCUCCCUUUGGAGCUGAUUUAAUUCUUGAGCUGUAUGAAGAUAGUGACAAAAAUCAUUAUGUACAAGUUAAAUAUCUAGGAAAGCCACAAAUUGUUAGAGGUUGUGAUAAAGAGUUAUGUCCCUUAGACAAGUUUUUAGAAGAAAUAUCACCAUUUGCAAUAAGCCAGAAGGAGUUCCAGGAAGUUUGUCAUUCUAAUAUCUUGGAAGUAAUUGCCAAAGAAAUGUUAGAACAAGAAAUAGGAGAAGUAGAAGAUGAGGAAAGUAAAGAAAGAUCUGACUUUGCCCCAGGUCUUUGAUGAUGGUGUAACUUUAGGCUUUACUUCAGGACUUUGAUGAACAGUGCUUCUUUAGACUUUCCCUCCAGGACUUUAAUGAAUGGUGUAACUUCAGAGUUUGCUACAGGACAUUGAUGAAAGAUGUUAUUUCAGUUUGCCUAAUUUGUUUCAAAUUAUCAUGAAUGACUCUGAGCUUUAUAUUUUUCUAUGUAUUAGUUAUAAAUUUAUAAAAUUAUUGAGAAAUCUAAUUGUAGAACAAGGAUUUAAUCAUUUGAAAGGUACAGUUGUAGGUCCAUAUAAGAAACAUGCAACAUAUUCUAAAAUGGUUACAAUACUUAUUUUUGGCUUCCGAUUGUGUGAUGUUUUUAUAUAAUGAAAUGGAUAAUUAGUUCCUGCAAUUUAAGUGGGUAAUCUAUAUUAAGUCAAGGGUUGUCUACCUUUGUGUGACUAUCUACAAUGCAUUUUUACAAAUCAUUUUUCUGGUGAAUUGACCUGUAUGUAAAAUCACAAGAAAGUUAGAAUUUUCUGUAGUAUUUUAUGAUAUAAAACCAUUAUAAUUGUAGGUUCAACAAUGAAUCUUUUUUCGAAUGAUUCUUUAUACAUUGAAUGGCACUUAAAUUUAUACUGGGAACUGAGUAGUAUAAAUUGCUGACUUAUUAUUAUGACUAACAGUUAUUUUUCACUUGAUGCAUCAGUUAUGUUUCCUGAUUAUUUUUUCUUUAUACAUAAACAAGCAAUUAUAAUAGCUUAAUGAAUAAAAAUAAAAAACUAAUUUUAUAUCCUAUAAACAUGUUGGGAUAAUAUUUCUUUAUGCAGUCCUUUUGCAUUUUUUCUGUCUGUCUGUUUAUUCAUUAUUAUUUAGAAAUCUUUUAUUGUGAAAACUCUGCUGAACAAAAUAAUGACAAUCAUUCUUACGAUUUUUUAGUUUUGUAUAUCAUAUUUGAUGUUGCACAUUAAACAAACAUAUUGCUACAGUUGGAAAGUACAAUGUAUCAAAUUUGCAAUUUCCACAUAUUUAACAUUGCCAAAAUAUCAAAGAGGAUAACAGCCUCAGUGGUCUCGUAGUAGCAUGUUCGCCUUGAGUACGGGAGGUUGUGGGUUCAAACCCCGUCUUUUAAAUUGGUAUUUGCUGCUUCUCCUCCAAUCACCCAGCAUUAAGGACUAAGAGCAAAGUCUGGUCGGCUCAGAGUUAGAAUAAUGUGUUGGGGUAGAGUGAAAUGUCUUUCUGCUGACUGUUACCUUAUGAACUCACACAUUAAAAAUCUGGCUCAGUGUUUCGGUCUAGUACAAAGCAGGGUUAAUAUUCAUAUUAAAUUAUCCUGUACUCGUCCUGAAUAUAUUUAACUUGUGGUUGGACAUUAAACAGCCAUCCAUUCAUCCAUCAAAUAGUGGAAAUUGUUUUUCUGAAUGAAAAAAUCUGGUUAUUAUUCUUGGGGCAGUCCUAGCUGUUUCCAUGCAAAAACUUGAAAACUAUUCAACCAACUGUUUUCACAAUUCAAAUAUGUUUUUAAUGAUGACAAGCCAGAGGUCAUGAACAAUAUUGAUGAUUUUCAAUUUUGCCCUUCUGGAGUAAGUGACACUGUUAAUAUAAGAAAAACCCUGGUUUGCUAUCAUUUUGACAACUUCUCGUUGGUUAUGGGGUGAGAACCCUAUGUAAAUACUGUAAACCAACUUAUUUUCGCAGGCGAUUUAUUUUCGCGACUUUUGCCGAGUAGAAAAAAGCGCGAAUAUAAAUCGUCGAGAAUAUGAAAAACUUGGAUUUUUUCAUAUUUAACUACAUCAAUUAAAAUUGAGAAUCGCGAAAUGGGCUUGAAAGGGCUAAUUGCGAAAUAAAGUAUCCGCGAAAAUAAGUUGGUUUACAGUAUUCCAAGUGGACCUAUCAAUAGUUUUUUUUUUUUAAAUGGGAAUUUUUAUUUGUUAUAUAACAGAACCAUUUCUAUAUAAAUUUGUCACUAUAUUUUAACAUAUUUUUUUUAUUAAGUAAUUUAAGCAGAACAUAUGGGUUUAAUAUUAUCAUUGGAAUUGUGUAAUUUGGUGCAAUAAAAUUGGUACUGUUAAUGUUAUUGACAAUAAAUGUACUAUGAUUGUAGAUUUCUACUUCUGAAUGCAGUUAUAUUUAUAUCAUACAGUUUGUGCUUGCGUACUCUACCCUUAAGGCUGUUUAGAAAUUUAUCAGGUGUGGGGAUGGAAGGUAUUCAAAUUAACUAAAUACAUGUAUGGGGGGUCACAUUUUCCUAGAUUUUUUUAAGAAUUAUAAGUAAAAUGAAAAGUUUUGUUUUUUGGGUGGUUGGGGUCCUAAAAAAAUGCCUCCCAUGCCCUCAAUGCAAUUAAUUUUGGAACAGCCCAUUUGUUAAUUCCCAAUAGCUCACAUAAAUCCACAAUAACCCAAGUGUAGUAUAAUGUAUUUAUAAUGUCUUUUUAAAUUUUGUCAAUUAACAAACAACAUUUUUGUAUGAAUGAACUUUUUUUAUUUAUAAAACUUUUAGUUUUAACAAGCAAUCGAAAAUUCUUUUGCAUAGGUAAAUACUUUUCUCUCAAGUUGAAAAGAGGGUGAAUGAUAAUGUUAUUCAAUAUCACAUUGUGUAAUGUUAUAUUCUGUGAAACAGGUCUAAGAUUAGCCCUGUGAUUACCCAAAACCUGUGAAAACUCGAAUUCAUGUAUUUAGACAUGCACUUAUUAUUGUGGAGGCCAAUCAAACCUUUCUCCCCAGAAUCAGUAGGAGUGUUUGAAAAGUGUACUUUCCCAUUGCAUAAAUACAAUAGCUAUUGUUCUCUGUUGAGUUCAUUCAAUGGGAACUUUAAAUUUAACCUUCAAAAAAACAAUCAUUCAUUGAUUAAUUUUGCUGAACAAAAAAAUAAAGUCUUUUGCAAAAAUUUAAAUGAACAUGUUAACUCCAACUGAUUUUUGGAGAAAUGUUUGAAAUGUUGAAAAAAAAUAAAGGGAAAAGGGGUUGAGAUUUUCAAAAAAAUAGUUUAUCCCGGUCAAAUAUUUAUUUGCCUGUGUCAUGUCAGGAACCACAUUUGUUAUUGUUUUGUUCCAUUUUUAGCUCACCUGGCCCAAAUGGCCAAGUGAGCUUUUCUCAUCACUUGGCGUCCGUCGUCGUUAACUUUUACAAAAAUCUUCUCCUCUGAAACUACUUGGCCAAUUAAACCAAACUUGGCCACAAUCAUCAUUGGGGUAUCUAGUUUAAAAAAUGUGUCCGGUGACCUGGCCAACCAAACAAGAUGGCCGCCAUGGCUAAAAAUAGAACAUAGGGGUAAAAUGUAGAUUUUGGCUUAUAUCUCUGAAACCAAAGCAUUUAGAGCAAAUCUGACAUGGGGUAAAAUUGUUUAUCAGGUCAAGAUCUAUUUGCCCUGAAAUUUUCAGAUGAAUCUGACAACCUGUUGUUGGGUUGCUGCCCCUGGAUUGGAAAUUUUGCCGUUUUUGGUUAUUAUCUUGAAUAUUAUUAUAGAUAGAGAUAAACUGUAAACAGCAAUAAUGUUCAGCAAAGUAAGAUCUACAAGUAAGUCAACUUGACCAAAAUGUCAGUUGACUCCUUAAGGAGUUAUUGCCCUUUAUAGUCAAUUUUUAACCAUUUUUCGUAAAUGUUUGUAAUCUUUUACAAAAAUCUUCUCUGAAACUACUAAGACAAAUUUAACCAAACUUGUCCACAAUCAUCAUUAGGGUAUCUAGUUUAAAAAAUGUGUCCGAUGACCCCGCCCACGAAACAAGAUGGCCGACAUGGCUAAAAAAUAGUACAUAGGGAAAAAGGCAGUUUUUGGCUCAUAUCUCUGAAACCAAAGCCUUUAGAGCAAAUCUGACAGGAUAAAAUUGUUCAUUAGGUCAAGAUCCAUCUGCCCUGAAAUUUUCAGACCAAUCAGGCAACACAUUGUUGGGUUGCUGCCCCUGAAUUGGUAAUUUUAAGAAAAUUUUGCAGCUUUUGGUUAUUAUCUUGAAUAUUAUUACAGAUAGAGAUAAACUGUAAACAGCAAUAAUGUACAGCAAAAUAAGAUCUACAAAUAAGUCAACAUAACCAAAAUUAUCAAUUGACCCCUUAUGGAGUUAUUGCCCUUUAUAGUCAAUUUUUUACAAUUUUCAAAAAUUUAUAAGAGGAAAACAACGGAACAACAAAAACAUUGAACUGCAACAAAAACAAAUGCCAACAUACAUAGAAACGGACUAUUUUGUAAAUUUUUGUAAAUUUUUACAAAAUAUUUUCCACUGUAACUACUGGGCCAAGUUCAUUAUAAAUAGAGAUAAUUGUAAGCAGCAAGAAUGUUCAGUAAAGUAAGAUCUACAAACACAUCACCAUCACCAAAACACAAUUUUGUCAUGAAUCCAUCUGUGUCCUUUGUUUAAUAUGCACAUCUCUUGAUUCUGAUUUUUUAAAUUUUUUUCUCUGUUUCUACAUCAGAAGCAAUUGUCAUUGAAAACAAAUUACCAUGUAUAUACUAUAGUGUACAUGUCCGUCUGGUUGGGUUGAUAUAUGACCUUGACCUCAUUUUCAUGGUUCAUUGGUCAAUGCUAAGUUUUUGUGUUUUGGUUUGUUUCUCGGGUACUAUAAGCAAUAGGGCCAUUAUAAUGAUUGUAAGGGGAUGUGGUAUUACUGCCAAUGAUACAACUAUCCACCAACACUACUGCAUAGUCAUCCAUUAAGUGGUCAUUAAAAAAAGGCAACAGUAGUAUACCGUUGUUCAAUAGUCAUAAAUCGAUUAAGUGAAAACAAAUCCGGGUCACAAACCAAAAACGAGGGAAACGCAUCAACUAUAAGAGGAAAACAACGGAACAACAAAAACAUUGAACUGCAACAAAAACAAAUGCCAACAUACAUAGAAACGGACUAUUUUGUAAAUUUUUGUAAAUUUUUACAAAAUAUUUUCCACUGUAACUACUGGGCCAAGUUCAAUAUAAAUAGAGAUAAUUGUAAGCAGCAAGAAUGUUCAGUAAAGUAAGAUCUACAAACACAUCACCAUCACCAAAACACAAUUUUGUCAUGAAUCCAUCUGUGUCCUUUGUUUAAUAUGCACAUAGACCAAGGUGAGCGACACAGGCUCUUUAGAGCCUCUAGUUGAUAUUGAUUAUUACUUGGAGAGAAUGAGGGUGUGGAUGAGGUUU